GUGUGUGUGUGUGUGUCGCUGUAAGGAAAGGCCAUUGCAAGUUGGUGUAUUUUUAAGUGUAUGUGCAUUGUUGUGAACAUUGAGGAUGUCUAACUAUACCAUCAACUUCUACGCUAUGUCUGAGUCCUUCAGCUCCUAUGACAUUAUUGUCAUAGUUACCUACUUUCUUCUGAACCUCGCUGUCGGCAUCUGGUCAUCAUGCAGGGUGAGCAGGAAUACUCUGAGCGGAUAUUUCUUGGCUGGACGGGACAUGGCCUGGUGGCCGAUUGGAGCGUCUCUCUUUGCCAGUUCAGAAGGCUCAGGUUUGUUUAUUGGUCUGGCUGGGACCGGAGCUGCAGGAGGCAUCGCUGUCGCUGGUUUUGAAUGGAAUGCCACAUAUGUGUUGCUGGCUCUGGCCUGGGUAUUUGUGCCUGUCUACAUCUCCUCAGGGAUCGUGACAAUGCCGGAGUACCUGGGCCGUCGUUUCGGAGGAGAGAGGAUCAGAACCUACCUUGCUGUCCUCUCACUGCUGUUGUCCGUCUUCACAAAGAUAUCCACUGACCUGUUCUCUGGAGCCUUGUUUAUUCAGGUGUGUCUGGGAUGGAACCUCUACCUGUCCACUGUCCUCAUGCUGGUGGUCACUGCUCUCUACACUAUUGCAGGUGGUCUUGCUGCUGUCAUCUACACCGACACUCUACAGACAUUAAUCAUGAUUAUAGGAGCAAUCAUCCUAACAAUCACUGCUUUCAAGGAAAUUGGUGGCUACAGCAACCUGGAGCGUGCGUACAGCAUGGCGGUGCCCAGUAAGAUCAUUCCCAACAGUACCUGCCACCUGCCACGUCAGGAUGCCAUGCACCUGUUCAGAGACGCCGUCACUGGAGACCUGCCCUGGCCUGGCAUGACCCUGGGGCUCACCAUACUGGCCACCUGGUACUGGUGCACUGACCAGGUGAUUGUACAACGGUCCCUGUCUGCUAAAAACAUGAGUCACGUGAAAGGAGCAUCUAUCCUGGCUGCCUAUCUGAAGAUUCUCCCCUUCAUCUUCAUCAUCCUCCCUGGCAUGAUCAGCCGAGCUCUCUAUCCAGACACUGUAGGAUGUGUGGAUCCAGAAGAGUGUGUGCGAGUGUGUGGAGCUGAGGUGGGAUGCUCCAACAUUGCCUUUCCCAAACUGGUCAUUGAACUCAUGCCAAGUGGCUUGCGUGGGCUUAUGAUAGCAGUGAUGAUGGCUGCUCUGAUGUCAUCGCUGACCUCCAUCUUUAACAGCAGCUCCACACUCUUCACCAUGGACAUUUGGAAGAAAUAUCGCCAACGGGCCUCGGAGAGAGAGCUGCUACUGGUCGGCAGGAUUGUGACUGUGAUCUUGGUGGUGGUGAGUGUGGUGUGGAUCCCCAUCCUGCAGUCAGCCAAUAGUGGCCAGCUGUAUGUUUACAUCCAGUCAGUGACGAGCUGCCUCGCUCCACCCGUCACUGCUGUCUUCACCCUGGCUAUCUUCUGGAAGAGGACCAAUGAGCAGGGUGCGUUCUGGGGCCUGAUGGUGGGUUUGGCGGUGGGUGUGUGUAGGAUGGCACUGGAGUUUGUCUUCCCGCCUCCCAGAUGUGGAGUCGAGGACUUGGCACCUGCAGUCCUGCGAGGCGUCCACUACCUCCACUUCGCCAUUCUCCUCUGUGGGCUCACUGCUAUCGUGGUUGCUAUAGUAUCACUGCUCACAGCGCCGCCCAGCCACGAACAGUUGUGUAACCUGACCUGGUGGACUCUGACUGAAGAGCCACCAAGAGAAAUUCCUCUACAGAAAGUGUCCUCUGUCAGCCACCGUAGCUCCCAGGGCUCUGAGCCAACACGGCGGGUGACAUGCGGUCGGGGGACAGGAUUGUGUAUCUCAGCAGCGCGGCGAUCAGAGGAGACUCCAACUCCCAGAGUUCAAAAUGUUAAAGAGAGUGUGUUCUGGUCCAGGUUCUGCUGUGUCAAUGCGAUCCUGGUGGUCAGCAUUAACAUUUUUCUCUAUGCAUACUUUGCCUGAGUAGAGGAUCAGAUUUAACAUCCUGUCCAACCCUCCUGCUGAACUCUGCCAAUCUCUCCAACAUGAACUCCAGAUCCAAGAAGGUGGGGAAACAAACUGUGAUGUUUGUACUGAUUUUACAUGAAUCCUUCAUGAAUCCUGCAGAUGUAGCUUCAGGUGUAAAACAAAAAAAAGAAAAAAAAUCACAU